AUGGCGACUCACCACUACCAGUCCCCUGUUCUUCCAAUGAAUGUUCCCUCAAAGACCCCAGGACCCGCCAAUCUCUACCCCAUUAGCCGGGUGUCAGGCUCUCCGCCAGAUCUUUCUGAUGCAAGCACAACCACGGGCAGCCGCACCUCCGCUGGAUUCAGCUACAGCACCGGAAGUGCUGGCGGCGACUAUGAAUCCAGCACGGGGUCAUUCUCGAGUGUGGACGUCGUUGACGUUCUCAACGACCGCUUGCAAAAUGCCUUCGACCCGACUCCUUUGGACAAGGGAUUAGCUAUGCAAGCACAAGCAUCCGGUCAAUUAAAUGCCAAGCAGCGCGAACUCCUUGAAUUGCAGGCUCUGGCCCAGCGACGUUUGAAAGGUGUGCGCACAAGCUUCGCGGACGGAGUCAAGGUCGCGCGGGAAACUAAGCGGGAUCUUGAAUGGACUCAGAAGCGCGUAAAUACUCUGAAAUCGAAGGCCGAAAGCAUCCACCCUGAUGAAUACCGACGAGCAUCGAAGAAAUACACAUUCGACGACAACUAG